CUGCAUUACGAUGCAGUGUAGAUGCAAAGGUCCAUCAUUCUGCAACAUGAAGGCGGCAGUCAUACUUCUACUGUUGAUCGUGGCUUGCGUUCUGUUCGAGGAAUCUGAACAAUUUGGAUGGCGGAAAAAAUGUGGAUGGCGUAAACAUUGGAGACGUCGUUGUUGGAAGCGUAAAACUACGACUACGACCACGUCCACGACCACGUCCACGACCACUUCAACUACGCCAACAAGUUCAUCUUCAACUACUACUACUGAACCUACUAAUCCUACUGGAUUUUCAACUGGUAGAAAAAGGCGCGAGAUUUUGGAUGGUAUGGAUAAUAAACUCCUACCAAUUAUAAUAUAAAUGUGAGAAAAUUGAAACGUCGAAUUGUGGAAUGAAAUAAUGCAGGAAACUUCACCGGAGCAUUAGCAAUUGUAGCACAUUAAUAUAGUGAAUCCAAGUAGUCUUUGAUGAAGCAAUAAACCGCAAUAAAGAUGUAUCAGAUGCUUACAUAUAAACGUAAUUUUUUCAACUUUCCCAACCUUUUGAAAGAAAAACCAACUGGACAUGCGAAGUAAUUUUCAGUAAUCAAGACAUUUCAAGCAGAUGCUUCGAUAGAGAUAUAUUUAUAAAAAUGAUGUAGUAACUAGUAAAACAUAAGAGACGUAAUGCACAUUAUUAGACACAUGUCCAAUCUCGAGUUUUAAGUGUUACUCAUAUUGGAAGAAAAAAAUGUUUAAAGAAUAGUAAAUAUUUAUUUAACGAGAACUAAUAAUAUAUUUACUUAAAUAACAAUUAUUUUAUUUAAAUAGAACAAACAAUUGCCUCAAUGGAAAAGUAAGGUUCUCUUAAGGUUUCAAAAAAAUGGAUUUAAAAGAUAUUUGAAAAAUAUUUUAUAUAUUAGUACAAGUAAAUAUGUUAUUAGUAUUCACUGAAUAAAUAUUUUUGUUGUUUCGUAAGUAUUUUCUUCUCUUAAUACACUUCACAACUAUUUUUUAUUGAUUUUUUCUUCAAUACAUAAAACGAAAAAACCUAGAGGAAAAUCCAAGGUUGCUAGAAUUUGUUCGUGCUCGGGGGUUUUUCGCCGAAAAUGUGGGGUUUACAAACUUACAGAACUGACUGUGAAUAUUAGAACACAACCUCUGGGGGAUGACAGCCAUACGUGAUACGAAGUAAAUCGCGUCAUUACACCGGAACCAAUCAGAUACUUUGAAAGAUAAAUGAAUGUGACUCGAGAUAUACGAAUCAAACCUACUUUAUACUAAAUAUGUUCACAAGAACAAAUAAUAAAACAACAAAAUUAGAUGUAUUAAAUAUAAAUGACGAGUUGGAAACUAUAAUGUUCGCUACUGACGAGAUGUUAGAAUCACAAGUAUUAGAAUAUUCGACAGUCAAAAUAAUAGGAUUCAUCGACGAAAUUGAGGGACCCAAAAUAGUAGGAAAGGUUCAACAAUAUAAAAUGUUGAAAUUUAUUUUAAAUAACAAUAGCCGCCAUAGGAUACAAGUAGUUGCCUGGAACAAGGAAGUUGAUAAAGUUGAACAUUUGAUGACACCGAAUAACGUAAAUAAAAUUUAAUAUAAACAAAUAUAAUAAUAUAAUUUAGUAUAAAUAAAUAAUAUUAAUAAUAUCCCAGAGAUAACACAGA